AUGCUUCUCGAUUCCCCUGACUUCAACUUCCCAACGUACAUUCCUCAGACUCACCCAGCUUUUGCUCCACCUCCACCUGUCAGCCGACUUCCUGCUGGUCAUGAGAACAUCACCAAGCAGUUCACCCUCGGUACAGUCCACAUUGACGAGUCAACGUACGAGGGAACACGUGAUCUCAUCGCUGAGUUCCUCCGCCAGCUAAAUCUCUUCACCGCCAAAGAGAUCGAGCACCUGGCCAAAGUGGCGGCGCUUGUCUGGAUCGGUGACCAGCUCACCAUUGAGCGCCUGCGGGGGCUAGCCAACUAUCGGUCUGAGGACCUCAAUGGCUUUGAUCGCCUGGACUGGCUGGUCUUUGUCUUUGGCUGGUUCCAUCUUCUCAUGGCCUUUGCAAACUCUCUGCACCGUCAGUACUUUGGGUCGCCUGCGAGAAAGGGCCUGCGCCAGGCAUUUGCACUGCUCAAGCGCACUGGACUCCAGUCUGUUCAGAUCAAGGGCACCUUUUAUCAUCAUCUCCAUGAAGGCAUCUUCCAUGUGACAGAGGCCCAUAUCCGUGAUUGCUGGCGCAAGGUGGGUGGUGUGGCUGAGUUGGCUGAGCUGCGCAAUAGGUCCCCAGCCGAACUCAAGCAUCUUGCGGAGACCCUAGUCCAGCAUUACGCGUCAAAUGACCGUGUUGAGGACUUGGAACAUGUCGCCCCUGGAAAAGAGGACGACUUCCUCCGCCAGGCCAUCAUGUGGAACCGUGAUGCAUUACACUAUGUUGUCCUCUGGCAUGCGAUGCGUCAAGGUGAUGUUGGACUCAUGGAGGAUCUCUUGCCUCAUCUCUUCCUUCGCUUUUCGGGCGGGGGAAACCACAAAUAUGCGGUGGAGAUCCUGGAGCUACUACAAGGCCUACAUCGUGAGUGGCCCGAGGACGUAAAGUAUGUGACAUAA